CAAAAAUCAAUUGAAAAAAAAAAUCAAUCAAAUUUAAAAAUCUACUCACUGUUCUGUUAUUUUAAACAUGCAUAAUUUCUCUGCGUGUAUGAGAGUCUGUAUGUUCAAGGAGUGGGAAGAAUUUUUGCACAUUGUUUUGGUGUGUGCUGUUUAGAAAUAGCCAGCAAAGAGAAAACAGAAUUUAUUUUCGAAUUGCUCAUAUGAAGCAUGUUUUUCUUGCUCUUGUAAUUAUGUUUGCAAACUGAACAUUUUUAAAAACCAUCUGAAUUUCUGUGAAAGAAAUGCACAUCAGAGGCUGAAUGCAGAUAUUGUUGCGCACAGUAAAAAAAGAUUAACUUGAUUUAUCGAUACGUAAAAAUGUGUGGACGUACAUGCCUUACUCUUGAUUCAAAGGAAAUUCAAUGCUGCUGUAAAUAUCGAAAAACAUCGCAAAAGAAACCGUUACCACCAGAAUAUCGCAACGAGUUCAAUUGCGGCCGAAAAUAUUUUCCAUCGUAUAAUAUCGCUCCAACAGAUUUAAGUCCGGUUCUUGUCUCGGCGGCGCACUUUAAUGAAGAUACAGAUACUUCUGAACGAAUAAUCGUACCAAUGAUGUGGAGUAUGAUACCACGUUGGCACAAAGGUGAUUACCGAAAACAUGGUUUAACUACAAACAACUGUCGACUAGAAAAUUUAGCCAUGUCCAAACUUUACGGCUUUCCAUUACAUUCUGGAUACCGAUGCGUAAUUCUUUGCGAAGGGUUCUAUGAAUGGCAAACUACAAAAGAACUGAAAGCAUCUGAACGACCUGCAUUUUUUAUUCACAUGCCUCAGAAUGAAAACGUGAAAAUGUAUGAUAAAUCUACAUGGAAUUUCAAUGAAGGUGGAAUAACUCUACUCAAGAUGGCAGGACUUUUUGACAUAUGGGAAGAUGAGAACGGAGACAAACUAUAUAGUUAUACAGUAAUCACACUUGAAUCUAACAGAAAAUUUUCCGAAAUUCAUCAUCGCAUUCCCGCAAUACUGGAAACGGAAGAGGAAAUUAGCCAGUGGCUUGAUUUCCGGAGAAUUGGUGUAAAUCGUGCUCUUAAUUUAUUGAAACCAAGCGAAUCGAUUCAAUGGUACUCUGUCUCGAACAUUGAAAACAAUUCAAGAAACAAAUCUGAUCAAUGCAACAAACCUAGUAAGGAUAUUAAUUUUUCAAAAAAUAAUUUAAUGCGGAACUGGCUACUUAUUAAAAAACGUAGUAAUGAGAAUUUUGAUGUCGAUGAGGGAUCUUCGAGUGAAACUAAGAUAAAAAAAAUUUAAUCAAAUUUCAUCAGGAAACUUUUUAUAUAUUGUUCAACUGUUACGGAUUUUCGCCGGCUAAGUUAGGAAACUGAUAAAGCCUGUUAUUUUUGCAAUACGACGAAAUUUAAAUAGGAUUACUGACUAAAGCAUCUGAUUGUAAGCUUUUGCGUGAAAUAAAGUGUAAUGGCAGAUGUUGUAUAGAUUGAGAA